UUAUUGCUAUAGAGUAACUGCGCUGGAUUGUGUCUUUACAUAAUCCUUCACCGUGGUAAUGUUUGGAGCAGCACCGAAGCCAGUCACUGAAUUAUAAUAAUUUCCGGCAGUUAAUACCAGGUUUAGUAAUGAGAAGGCGUUACGUCGCCUGAGGGAGAGUGUUCUGUGAGAUAUCCCUGUAAAGGUCCGCUUUCACACUAGUGUCAAUAGUUUUUUAUCUAAAUACAACUCAAAUAUUAGAUCGUACUUAUCGAUCCGCCUGAUGUUGACAAACAAAUGCUAAAAGCGGACCGCCGCCCCCCGGCUUGCGAUGCUGCCGCUGCUGCUGAUGUCACAAUCGCCGCUCGGUGCUGGGGGACGAUGAUGGCGCCUGGCGCUCGGCGCCCGAGCGGAUCUCCUCCGUAAAGGCUCGGCUGGCAGUCCGCCGACCGGGAUGGACGGCACGGCGCUCCCGGACCACCAGCAGCUGCUGCAGCUCCUCAAGAAGCUUAAGGAGGUGUUCGACGUCUGCGAUGAGGAUGCGGACGGCUUCAUCAGGAUCGAGCAUCUGGUAAACCUCGGUGUACAGUUCGGGCAGAGAGACGAGGUGAGGAGGCUAUCUGAAUAUCUGGACCCUGGCGCACAAGGAAAGAUCAACUUUAAAAGCUUCUGUCAUGGAGUGUUUGCCCUCAAAGGAUGUGAGGAGAUUCUGAAGUCUGCACUGGGGACGUUGCCCGUGCCCCCCCGACCCCCCCGACCCUAUGAGACCGACAACGGCAGCUGUUAUCAGCAGGGAGAGAAGGCGAAGGUUCCCAGGGUCCAGGCGCUGUUCCCGGGGGGCGGGGCCCCAUCCCAGAACGAGACCCAGGACUCGGACAUGGAUAGCUCCGACGGGGGCCGGUCAGAGGAGAGGGACGCGGAUCUCUUCCUGUCUGUCACCAGCUCUGGUCAGCUGGACCCUUGCGUGACCUCUGACCUUUGCGCACGCUCCCCCACCUCCUUGAUCUCGUGCGAGGAGCAGUUUGAGGACUAUGGCGAGAGCGAGGAUGUGGAUUUUGCCCCCGGAAGCCCCUGUCCUGACGACGAAUCCCGAACCAACGGAUGCUCCGACCUCGGCUCCUCUCUCCCAUCCAGUGCUGGGCACACUCCUCAGAAGAUGAGGCACCUCUGCAGCAGCGGGCAACUGGACAUCUACUGCUCACAGUGCUGCAGGAAGGUCAACCUGCUCAAUGACCUGGAAGCACGGCUAAGGAACCUCCGGGCCAAUAGUCCAAACAGGAAAAUCUCCAGCACAGCCUUUGGAAGGCAGCUCUUCCACAGCAGUAACUUUAGCAGCGGUAACGGCAGCACCGAUGACUUGUUUCACGACAGUGUUGACUCCUGUGAUGUUGACAUCACUGAGAAGGUGGGUUACCUGGAGAAGAAAGUGACAGAGUUAGAGAAUGACAGCCUGGUGAGUGGAGACCUGGGAUCCAAGCUUCGACAGGAGAACACGCAGCUCGUACACAGGGUUCAUGAAUUAGAGGAGCAGGUGAAGGACCAGGAGGUGUGGGCGGAGCAGGCGCUGGAGGACGGACUGAAGCGGCACCGUGAGGUCUACAGCAAGAUGGAGAGAGACAAGCGCGUGGAGAUCGAGCUGCUGAACACCAGAGUGCAGGACCUGGAGGACGAGAAUGGAGAGAUGACCGUGAACGUCUGCAGGCUCAGGUCGCAGACGGAAAGGCUGGACCAGGAGAAGCAGCGUAUGUCCGACAAACUGGAGGACACCAGCCUUCGUCUGAAGGAUGAGAUGGAUCUUUACAGGAGGAUCAUGGACAAGCUGUGGCAGAACAGACACCAGUUCCAGAAGGAAAAGGAGGCCAUGCAGGAGGUGAUCGAGGACCUACGGCGAGAGCUGGACCACCUGCAUUUUUUCAAGCUGGAGAUGGAGCAACCGGGUCAGGGGCGAAGCACCAGGGCGCGAGAGAUUGAACUCGAGCACGAAGCCAGGCGCCUCAAACAGGAGAACUACAAGCUGCGAGAUCAAAACGACGACCUGAACGGUCAGAUCCUCAGUCUCAGCAUGUAUGACGCCAGGAGCUUGUUUGGGGCGCAGUCAAAGGUGCAGUCAUUGGCUGCUGAGAUUGACAGCGCUUCCCGUGAUGAGUUAGUGGAUGCCCUGAAGGAGCAGGAGGAGAUAAAUUUUCGCCUGAGGCAGUACAUGGACAAGAUCAUUCUGGCUAUUCUGGAAAACAACCCCUCCAUUCUGGAAAUCAAGAGCUAGACCCUCCAUUCUGCCCCCUGGUGGCUGAUGGUGGGGCUGCACAGAUCAAAGAGGUGGGUUCAUGGGUUCAUCUGUCUUUUCUUUGCUCUUUUUUGUUUUUGUCAUCAGAGAGUGGAUGUGAUCCUGACUGUCAGAUAUGCACAGAAUUACACCCCCAAGAGGACAGGAUAGUUACUGUGAGAAUCAGGACCAAACUGGUUUCGGCUCACUUGAGCUUGUUGCCUGUGCGUCUCUGAGGGAUUGCUGACAGCACUGAAUUGGAGGGUGUUGGUGUUUUACCUAAAAUAACAUACACAGUGUCUCUGUCACAGACUCGCAGGCACAGAAAGUCAGUUACGCAAAAUCUCACAUAUACACAAGGACACUCUUAUAUAAUACUAAUAAGAUUCCUAGCUAGCAACUGUCAUGAUACGGAUUCUGUAUUUUUUUUUCACAGUUGUUUAUGUAAUGCUGGGGUUGUGACCAUAUAAUCUACACAUACUGAUGUGUCUGGUUCCCCGAACAGGACAGCGCAGCCAUGGAAAUGUCCCCCUUGUCACCUGUCAUCCUCAUUGCGGUCUACUGCAGCCCAUAUUGAAUUCAGUUCAUUUACAUGAGACACUCCUUCCAACAGACACAAUAUCACUACAGGAAGACUUUAACAAAGAUCAGUGUCAGGAUUACCGAUAGGCUCAAAGAAGUUUCUAGGGAUCCGUGUAAAAACUUCCAAAAAUUACAGAAGUGGAAAGUAACCCACACAAUUGAAAACAAUCCAUUCUACCCACGUAUGGAGAAGAAUCAACAUGUACAGCCUGGAAAGAACAAAGAUUGUGACAAGGAGCCUUAACCUGUGGCCCAGUGGCAUCGCAAUGGCUGUGGAAUUACUGUGGGUAGAUAAUCAAAGCAAAGAGGCGUGGAGCGAUGGCCAUGGUGGUGCACAGGUUGUGUGUUUAUUGACACAGAGGGGAAAAAAUGUUGUAGGACGCAGAAAUGUUUAGAUUUUUAUAGUAAUAUAUGACUAAGCAUACGUAACUGUAAGGUCUUUAAACCAUGACAAGUUGGGUAACUGCAGACCAUGAAUGAGAGGCAGCUACCAAAAUUACACUAACAAUAACGCUUACAGAGCCCUGCAAAACAGGUACUGGUGGCAUUGUAGCUGGAAGGCUGUAACCAGUACGAUGUAUGGUGAUGUGAGCGGCACGCUGGUGAUGUGAGCGGCACGCUGGUGAUGUGAGCGGCACGCUGGUCCCACACCGUAUCUUUAAAUUCACCUGCCAGAUGGCAACUUCUCCUACUUCAACAGAGUAAAGAAACUCAUUAUCAUUUCAGGAACGAGCCACCAGUGAAUGGCCAUUAGAAUGAUUUAAUUCCACUGAACAAACUCUAGUUCUUAGGUUUUUGUGCUUGUUUUUUCCACCUGUAUUUCGUGCCUCGAAAGUACAAUGGUUUGUCAUAAUUGUCACAUAUCCGCUAUUGUUUUGUUUAUAGAGAACUUUUCUACGUUUGCAUUCUAGAUUGUGUGUAUUUUUCUGAAAUUGUAAAUGUUGUACAGAAUAGAGUGUAUUCAUUUGUCAUUAAAAGCAAGAGAAUAACAUUUUUUUUUUUUUUACAAAUGUAAAGACAUAUGUCUUAUAUUCCCUAGAUGUUAUACUACGAAGCACUGAUUAUUAUUAUUAUUAUUAUUAUUAUUAUUAUUAUAGUAUUUAUCAUGUCCCCUGCGAUACAUAUAUACUCCCCAUUUGCCCAUUAAGUGCUUAGGUGGACAGUAACCAGCCGCAGUAUGAUGCCCCUUUGCUGUGGUUAGCCAGUGGUGCGUAGCCGUCUGUCUGUUAUCCGCUAAUUCGCUGUAUUGUAGAUUCAUCCUGUUAUUUAGACAGAACCCGGCGCUGCUUCCCGAAGCACUCAGGUGUGACCUUCAACUUUCAUUUAAUGAUAAAUGCAUUUCUUUUGGCAUGGAAAAAAACACGUGUUCUGCCGAUUUCGCUUGUCAUUAAACCUGUCCACGUUGCAGCCAA